GUUCCUCCGCUCUUUCUCCAAUUCUUCGCGAACCGCCAUUGUUAUUGCCGUUCCUGCCCCUCCCCCGGCUGAUUGAGGUGAAAGUUAACCAAGUUUGAGAGGGAGCCGCAAAGAUGUCGCUCGCCUUGUGGAGCUCGAGAUGCUCCGUCACGUUUGUGCGGCAGUGCUCGACGAUAUUUACGUCUAACUUCGGCUCUGGCCCUGUCCCCGUCCCCGGCAUACUCCAACAUAAUUUCAACUCUCCACACCUGCUGCUCCAUCAACAACGAACCAUGAGCUUCGCUCCACUCCGGGGUCAAAAUGGCAGCUCAGAGGCGCCGCAGGGCAGCAACGGCAACGGGGCACCGACUGCGCCGCCCUUCAAGCAUCCCCACUGCGACCGCCAGGCCAUGUACGCCCAGCCGGUGCGAACGGUCAAGAACAAAGGAGGUUCCUACGAUUUCGACUUGGUUGUGAUUGGCGGCGGCUCAGCUGGCCUGGCCUGCGCGAAGGAAGCGGUACUGAAUGGAGCCCGCGUUGCCUGCCUUGACUAUGUGAAGCCUACGCCCACCCUGGGCACCAAGUGGGGUGUCGGCGGCACCUGCGUCAAUGUCGGCUGUAUACCCAAGAAGCUAAUGCACCAGGCCUCGCUGCUGGGCGAGGCUGUCCAUGAGGCAGCCGCCUACGGGUGGAAUGUAAGCGACAAGAUUAAGCCGGACUGGAACAAGCUGGUGCAGUCUGUGCAGAAUCACAUCAAGUCCGUCAAUUGGGUGACCCGUGUGGAUCUGCGCGACAAGAAGGUGGAGUACAUCAAUGGACUGGGUGCUUUUGUGGACACACACACCUUGGUGGCCAAGAUGAAGAGCGGUGAACGCACAAUUACCGCCCAGACUUUUGUUAUUGCCGUGGGCGGACGUCCCCGCUACCCGGAUAUCCCCGGUGCCGUGGAGCACGGCAUCACCAGCGAUGAUCUGUUCAGCUUGAACCGUGAGCCCGGCAAGACCCUGGUCGUCGGUGCUGGCUACAUUGGACUGGAGUGCGCUGGAUUCCUGAAGGGCCUCGGCUAUGAGCCCACCAUUAUGGUGCGCUCGGUUGUGCUGCGUGGCUUCGACCAACAAAUGGCCGAGCUGGUGGCCUCCUCAAUGGAGGAGCGUGGCAUUCCCUUCCUUCGCAGGACCGUGCCGCUGUCCGUGGAGAAGCAGGAAGAUGGCAAGCUGCUGGUUAAGUACCAGAACGUGGACAACGGUGAGGUGGGCCAGGAUGUGUACGACACCGUGCUGUGGGCCAUCGGUCGCAAGGGUCUGGUCGAAGAUCUGAACCUGCCCAAGGUCGGUGUGAAAGUUCAGAAGGACAAGAUCCCCGUGGACUCUGUGGAGGCUACCAAUGUGCCGAACAUCUUCGCCGUCGGCGACAUCAUCUAUGGCAAGCCGGAGCUGACGCCCGUUGCUGUUCUGGCCGGUCGUCUCUUGGCCCGUCGCCUGUUUGCUGGAUCCGAGCAGCGCAUGGACUACAACGAUGUGGCCACCACCGUAUUCACACCCCUGGAGUACGCCUGUGUCGGCCUCAGCGAGGAGGAGGCUGUGAAGAAGUAUGGUGCCGAUGAGAUUGAGGUGUUCCACGGCUACUACAAGCCCACGGAGUUCUUCAUCCCCCAGAAGAGCGUUCGCUACUGCUACCUGAAGGCGGUGGCUGAGCGCCAUGGCAACCAGCGUGUCUAUGGACUCCACUACAUCGGACCCGUUGCCGGUGAGGUGAUCCAGGGAUUCGCUGCCGCCCUCAAGUCCGGCCUGACCAUCAACACCCUGAUCAACACUGUGGGCAUUCACCCCACAACCGCCGAGGAGUUCACCCGGCUGACGAUUACCAAGCGCUCGGGAGCAGACCCCACGCCGGCUAGCUGCUGCAGCUAAGCGGGUUCCGCAGUCUAGCAGAUCAGCCGCCCGGGACGAUGAAUGGUUGCUGCCGCUAGCCAGCGAUCGAUGAGUUCAACAGUUCCGUUUAAGUUACCACAAUUAAAAAAACCCACACAA